AUGUUGCUUGAUUUACUAAGAGAUGCUUUACCAGAAGAAAAUGUUUUGUCAAAGUCGUAUUAUGAAACUAAAAAGAUUGUUUCAGGAUUAGGUUUGGGGUAUGCGAAGAUCCAUGCUUGUCCCAAUGAUUGCGUAUUAUAUUGGGAUAAAUAUGCCAAAUAUGAAGUAUGUCCAAAGUGUAGUACGUCAAGGUGGAAAACAACAAAUGAAGAUGUACAAGGUAAUGGAAUGAAGACUUCUGAGAGGCAAAAGAAGAUACCAGCAAAGAUCCUUCGAUGGUUUCCAUUGAAACCAAGGUUGCAAAGGUUAUACAUGUCCUCCAAAGUUGCAGAAUCAAUGAGAUGGCACCAUAAGAGUAGAUUGAAUGAUGGUUCUCUUGGGCAUCCAGUUGAUUCCCUUGCUUGGAAGAAUUUUGACGCUCGGUAUCCAACAUUUUCGUUAGAUCCUCGUAAUUUUCGAUUAGGAGUGGCUUCAUAUGGUUUCAAUCCUUUCAAGACUAUGAGUAUUACUCAUAGCACUUGGCCUGUUAUUCUAAUUCCUUACAAUCUUCCUCCUUUGAUGUGCAUGAAACAACCAUACUUCAUGUUACCACUAUUAAUUCCGAGUCCAAAAGGUCUUGGAAAUAACAUUGACAUUUAUCUGCAACCUUUAGUACAAGAGUUGCAAGAGUUAUGGGAUGAUGAAAUUGAAACAUUUGAUGCCUAUAAGAAAGAGACAUUUCAACUUCGUGCAGCUGUGAUGUGGACUAUUAAUGACUUUCCAACAUAUGAUAACUUGUCUGGAUGGAGUACUAAAGGUCAAUAUGCAUGUCCAUGUUGUGGUAUUGAAACUACCUCGCAGUGGUUACGUCAUGGUAAAAAAAUUUGCUACAUGGGUCAUCGUCGUUGGUUAUCUCCCAAACAUAAGUGGAGAUUGAAUAGUAGGGAUUUUGAUGGAACACGAGAGCUAAGGAUCCUUCCUAAAAGACUUGAUGGGACUGAUAUUUUAAGACAAAUAGAGGAAUGUAGAGAAAAAGAUCUAGCAAAUGGAGCACAACCUUGGAAAAAGAAGAGCAUUUUCUUCACAUUGCCUUAUUGGCAAUAUAAUGUAUUGCGUCAUAAUCUUGAUGUGAUGCACAUUGAAAAGAACGUAUGUGACAACAUUAUUGGUACAUUGUUAAACCAAGAGGGAAAAUCCAAAGAUAAUUAUAAGGCACAAGCUGAUCUUGUAGAUAUGGGCAUAAGAAGUAUGCUUCAUCCUCAACCAACGCCUAAUAUAACUACAACGUGUUUGCCUAGAGCAUGCUAUCAAAUGACUAACAAAGAAAAGGAGUCUUUCCUAAGCAUUCUCAAGAAUGUAAAAACUCCAGAUGAAUGCUCAUCAAACAUCCCACGUUGUGUGCAUGUCAAGCAACACAAGAUGUUUGGAUUAAAAAGUUACGAUUGUCAUGUUUUGAUGCAAGAGCUUCUUCCAGUAGCAUUACGGGGUUCAUUGCCAGAUAAAGUCACUUCAGUGUUAGUUGAUCUUUUCAAUUUCUUCAAGCAAAUUUGUUCUAAGAUACUUAAUGUGGAAUUUCUAUCACAAUUGGAGUCUAAAACAGUUAUCACACUUUGUCAGUUGGAAACAAUUUUUCCUCCUUCAUUUUUUACUGUUAUGAUGCAUUUGGUAAUUUAUUUGGCACACAAAGCCCAAGUUGUUGGACCGGUACAAUAUCGAUGGAUGUAUCCAAUUGAGAGGUGUGUAUGUUUAUAA